AGCGGACGCGGUUGGAUUGAGGGGGAAAAGAGGGCGGUGGCGCGAGAUGGCGGCGCACUUGUCCUACGGCCGAGUGAACCUGAACGUGCUGCGCGAGGCGGUGCGUCGCGAGCUCCGCGAGUUUCUGGACAAGUGCGCAGGAAGCAAGGCAAUAGUUUGGGAUGAGUACCUCACAGGACCAUUUGGCCUGAUUGCACAGUAUUCACUACUGAAGGAACAUGAAGUGGAAAAAAUGUUUACACUUAAAGGAAGUCGUUUGCCAGCAGCUGAUGUCAAGAAUAUUAUUUUUUUGGUCAGACCCAGGCUAGAAUUGAUGGAUAUAAUUGCUGAAAAUGUGCUCAGUGAAGACAGACGUGGCCCAGCAAGAGAUUUCCACAUUUUGUUUGUGCCACGACGUAGCUUAUUGUGCGAACAGCGGUUGAAGGAUCUGGGUGUUUUGGGAUCCUUUAUUCACAGGGAAGAGUACAGCCUAGAUCUCAUUCCGUUUGAUGGGGAUCUCUUAUCCAUGGAAUCAGAGGGUGCAUUCAAAGAGUGCUACCUGGAGAGCGACCAGACAAGCCUCUACCACGCAGCCAAGGGGCUGAUGACUCUGCAAGCUCUGUAUGGGACGAUCCCCCAGAUCUAUGGGAAAGGAGAGUGUGCCCGGCAAGUGGCCAAUAUGAUGAUCAGGAUGAAGAGAGAAUUUACUGGAAGCCAGAAUUCAAUAUUUCCUGUUUUUGAUAAUCUCUUGUUGCUGGAUCGAAACGUGGAUUUAUUAACGCCUCUUGCCACUCAGCUUACAUACGAAGGACUCAUUGAUGAAAUUUAUGGCAUUCAGAACAGUUACGUGAAAUUACCUCCAGAGAAAUUUGCACCCAAGAAACAGGGCGAUGGUGGUAAGGAUCUCCCCACGGAAGCAAAGAAGCUUCAGCUGAAUUCUGCAGAGGAGCUCUACGCUGAGAUCCGAGAUAAGAACUUCAACGCGGUGGGCUCCGUGCUCAGCAAGAAAGCCAAGGUGAUCUCUGCAGCUUUUGAGGAAAGGCACAAUGCUAAGACAGUUGGGGAGAUCAAGCAGUUUGUUUCCCAGUUGCCCCACAUGCAGGCAGCAAGAGGCUCACUUGCAAACCACACCUCGAUCGCGGAGUUAAUCAAAGAUGUUACUACUUCUGAAGACUUCUUUGAUAAAUUAACAGUGGAGCAGGAGUUUAUGUCUGGAAUAGACACUGAUAAGGUCAACAGUUACAUUGAGGACUGUAUUGCCCAAAAGCAUCCUCUGAUCAAGGUGUUGAGACUCGUUUGCCUCCAAUCCGUGUGCAAUAGUGGACUCAAACAAAAAGUUUUGGAUUAUUACAAAAGAGAAAUUCUCCAGACGUACGGCUACGAGCACAUAUUGACCUUGUACAACCUGGAGAAGGCUGGCCUGCUGAAACCACAGAUGGGGGGCAGAAACAACUACCCAACCAUCCGGAAAACGUUACGCCUCUGGAUGGAUGACGUAAAUGAACAAAAUCCCACAGACAUAUCCUACGUGUAUAGUGGUUAUGCCCCUCUCAGUGUGCGACUGGCCCAGCUGCUUUCCCGGCCUGGCUGGCGGAGUAUCGAGGAAGUUCUCCGCAUACUUCCAGGGCCCCACUUUGAAGAACGGCAGCCAUUGCCCACGGGACUGCAAAAGAAACGUCAACCAGGAGAAAACCGAGUCACUCUGAUAUUUUUCCUCGGGGGUGUAACUUUUGCUGAAAUUGCUGCCCUGCGAUUUCUCUCCCAGUUGGAAGAUGGAGGUACAGAAUAUGUAAUUGCCACCACUAAACUCAUGAAUGGGGCCAGCUGGAUAGAGUCUCUCAUGGAAAAACCUUUCUAGGGCAUUCCAAGUAGACUUAACAAGUGAACUGCAGGAUAAACUGCCCCUUUGAAGAAGUUGCUGGAAGGAAGUGCAACCCCAUAGAGGAAUAACAAGAAUACAGAACUUACUUUGGGGUCAGCUUCUUAAAUUAUACUACUUCCCUUUCUGCUUCUCUUUUGUGUUCCUAAUUUCUUGAACAAGAAGAAUAGAAGAGAAUCAACCUGGUUAGAAGAAACACCAGUUUUUCAUGUUCUAAGCUCAGGAUCUUCAUUAGAGAUCUCUGGAAGCAUAUUAAGGAUCAUGGGGCUGGAUAAUCUAUAUAGCUGCACAGAUGGGACCAGUUCUUAAUAAGAAGGCAAGGACUGAGGAGGUAAAAAUGAAAAUAAAAGUGGAA